GUUACAGUGUUAUGGGACAUAAGCAGAAUCUGCAAGUGACAGUAUAUUUCUGCAGUCAAAUCAGCCGCCGCUGAAGUUUAAGUGUGGAAUUAUGUAAGGAAAAAUAUGUACUUUAUACAUCAAUAUCAAUGGUACCAAUACAAUACACAUACCAUACAAGCACUGUGGGUCAUUUGUAGAACUAAAUCAACUCUAAAAUGUCAAGGAUCAAAGGUUUAGUGGGAGCACUGGUUGUAAAGUCUGACAGCAGCACGAGGAGAAAUCGCGUGGUCCUCAUUCUCCUCUGUCCAAUCUCCUGUGCUGAAUGAAGCAUCCCCAAAAGUGAGCUGGGCUUCCUGAUCAGCUGACCCAGUCCAGAUGUUGCGCUGACACCAGGUUCAUUGUUCCGCUACAGCGAGUCUCAAGGAACCUUUUCAGCGUGAAUAACGCACUCAAACUAUACUAUAGUAACAGCUGAUUUGACUACGGAAGUGCAAACGACCGCUCACGCUUGCGUCGUUGGACAGCGGACACCGGGAAUCCGUUCACGGCCCCUGACGCGCCGAGUUACCGAGUGAGCGACACUUCUUUCAUCAUCUCGGACGCCGACUGAGAACUUCUGCUCCACGUCAGGUUCCGGGGUCCGACAGGUACUGUACCGCUGACCGGUGACCCGAGCAGCUGUCGCGCGCACCGCUCCGCCUGGGUCAUGGAGAGCAGCACGGGGGGAUCAGCUGCUUCGUCAUGGGGUGAAUGCUUUUUAAUCAGACUCGUCCGAAUGUGGACUCCUGUUGGCUUCAAGACAGAAAUCAAAGAGUUGUCUAAACUGGCCGCACCAGUGGUUGUGGCCCAGAUUAUGGUUUUUGCAGUGAGUUUUGUUAGUACUAUCUUCUGUGGUCAUCUGGGGAGGACAGAGCUGGCAGGAGUGGCUUUAGCCAUAGCUGUUAUUAAUGUUACAGGCGUAUCCAUCGGCUCUGGUUUGUCGUCAGCGUGUGAUACUCUGAUAUCUCAGACCUACGGGAGCGGAAACCUGCUGAAAGUGGGGGUGAUCCUCCAGCGGGCCAUCCUCAUCUUGCUGCUGGCUUGUUUCCCCUGCUGGGCCAUCCUCAUUAACACUGAGCCCCUUCUGCUGGCUGUCAGGCAGGAGCCAGAUGUGGCCAGGCUGGCUCAGACGUAUGUGAAGAUUUUUAUGCCAGCGCUUCCCGCUACUUUCAUGUAUUCUCUACAAACAAAAUAUCUGCAAAAUCAGGGCAUUAUAUGGCCAGAAGUCAUCACAGGCAUCGUGGUCAAUCUUCUUAAUGCUCUUAUCAACUACAUUGUUCUCUACGUAUUAAAUAUGGGAGUGGCCGGUUCUGCUAUUGCCAACACCGUUUCCCAGUUCACUAUGGCUGGGACCCUUUAUGCUUAUAUUGUAUGGAAAGGUCUCCACAAAGCCACCUGGGGAGGCUGGUCCAAAGACUGCCUGAAGGACUGGGGGUCCUUUGUCCGACUGGCCAUUCCCAGCAUGGUCAUGAUGUGUGUCGAGUGGUGGACCUAUGAGAUUGGAGGUUUUCUAGCAGGUCUAAUAAGCGAAGUGGAACUCGGAGCCCAGUCCAUUGUUUACGAGCUGUCAAGCAUCGCAUACAUGUUCCCUUGUGGCUUUGGCAUAGCGGGCAACGUGAGGGUUGGAAACGCCUUGGGAGCUGGAAACACAGAGCAGGCCAAACUGUCUGCUAAACUCACCAUGUUCUGUGCAGGCUUAGUGUCCAUAUGUUUGUCGGUUCUCAUUGGAAGCCUGAAGGACCAUAUCUCCUACAUUUUCACAUAUGAUGAACAAAUCAGGAAACGAGUUGCUGAGGUUAUCGCUUUCUAUGCUCCGUUUGUCCUCCUAGAUGCACUAUCAGCUGCCCUGGGCGGCAUCAUACGAGGUGCAGGGAAACAGAAAGUCGGGGCUGUUUGCAACGUCGUGGGUUAUUACGGUGUUGGGUUUCCCAUUGGAAUCCCACUGAUGUUUGCAGCCAAACUGGGCAUCAUAGGUCUGUGGACGGGCUUGUUUACGUGCGUGUUUCUGCAGUGCUCGUUCCUGAUGGUCUACCUGGUGAGAAUGAACUGGAACAGAGCUACAGUCGAGGCUCAAAUCAGGGCGGGGGUGUGUGAGACCUCAGCAGACACAAGUUCCCCACAGGCGCAGUCAGACACCAUGGAGCUGGUGGCCACCGAGGCAGUGCAGCUCUCCCACAGGACUCUGGUUCUGCGUAGAGGCCUUGCUCUGGCUCUCAUGUUGUUCAUCCUGGCCCUGGGAAUCAUUAUAAACCUGCUGCUCACUUGA